AUGGUGUCCACAGCACAACUGCUCACGUAUGGGUCGCUGCUUGUUUUGAUCCUGGCCAUUGUUGCGGCACGCUGGUCACAGUGGACCGAGUUCGAUGCUGCAGUGGACGACUUGGCAGACAAGCUCUUCCAAUCCCUGAAGACGGACGUAGUAGCCUUCGCGCUGCCGGCCGCUUAUGCGCGAUGGGUUUUGCCCUGCCCGUGGCAGGAGCCACGGCCUCUCAAAGUGGUGGCCUCAGGCGCCAUGGGCGCAACCGCCCUAUUCAGCCUGACAGCUGCACGCCAGGCGGCAGCUCAAGGCACCUUCCGUGGAAUCUCAGACUUUGGUGGACUUUUUGUCUCACACAUCGCUUCAUACGGCGUGGCACCUCUUUUGGCAAGGGACUGGCGUUCCGUGAUGGGGGUAGCUGUUCUUGCGCUUGUGUUGCUAACGGGGCUGCAGAAGGACAUGGCACUGGAGACCGUACAGGCAGUGGCAGCUUUGUCGGCGGGGCUCAUUGCUCAUGGUCGCUUUGCCUUGCGCUGGCAUUGGAUUCUCUCGGCUUGCGUUGGUGCGGCCGCUUCGGUGCCGUACUUGGCUUAUGUCCUCAAGUGGCUGCUGCCUCUGCGGGAGCUCGCAGCUGCAUACCAGUCGGUUGAGAGCAUUGUAGGCACUCACCAGUUUGAGGAAGAGGUUUGUGAACUUCUUGUUGUGACAGGGUAUGUUCAAGUAUCCUUGGGCUAUGUGGGCAUAUGGUACAUGCGAAGCUUACAAGCUCGAACAAACCUUCUAUUGGAUGUCGCUGAUGGCAAGUUGAACGCAUGGAGUUUUGUUCAGCGUGUGGGCUUGUAUAUGUGGUCCGUGGCAGCUCCUUACAUGGUACAGCGUACGAUCAUGGAGACUGCCAAUGCUUUGUCUCUCUACAUAUUUCUGUGCAAACUUGAUCUGCAUCUCCGCGUGGACACCUUUUUCUCAAGCGGAGAUUACGCAUACAAUCGCUUAGAGGUCGUGCUCGAUUCCGAUCACACUGUGGAUGCUUAUGCCGAGUCCGUAACUGAGCUCAUGUACGACUGCUACUUUCUUGUGGAGAAGAAGCUGUUCGGACUUCCAAAUAUCCUUCUCAUGUCAGACACGCUGCUCAGCCAGCCGGGAUUGAUGAUGGCAGUUCUUCCUGUGAGUGUUGGUCUUGAUUUCGGCCGGGCACGCGCAUUCUCGAUUCUGACCCGGAACAUUGAGCAAGUCACGAAAUACUUGCGCACGAGGCUGUCCAGGAGGAGGAAAAUCGAGGAGCACGAUGUCGAGCACGCAGAGACUAUUAGCAGAACAGGCGCAGCGACUUUGGUGGCAAGUCGGUGGGAGAGUCUCUCCGAGGAGAUAUUCAAGCUGACAGCUUGGAAGAAGUGUCUCAGUUCUUUUCGUCGGUUCUUGGAUUGGAUCUACUAUACCAACAUAGUAGGAGUGGGUAUCGAGUGCGCGCUGGCACGAAUGAUGGAGCUUGGAUCGAUCGCUGCAGCCGACCUCGCAGUCUAUGCACAAGUUAUUGAGGAUUCUGUUGACUUCUUGCUAACUCGGUACAGAGAGGAUGCGCGCUUGGCGCAGAUGGUGUCCAACCAGGAGCGCUUGGCCGAACUCCACACCAGUCUGGCUUCGUUCCAGCAGAGGUUGAAAGAAACCAGGGAGGCGCCUGACGAGAGCUUCUGCAACUUCUCUCAGGGAGGUGGUCUGACGUUUAGCGACCUGACAUACCACCGGAACGGCACCGCGCACGUCAAGCUGAAGCUCGAGUUGAAGCAGGGCCGGAUUUAUGCCCUCACUGGACCCAAUGGAGCUGGCAAGAGCACAUUGUUCGCUGUGCUAUCGGCUUGUGCACAGAGAAUGUCCUUACCCAACGGGCUACUAGUGGAGGGCCGCAUGGUAAUGCCUUCGGGCGAGCUUGUCGAAGUCGCGCAGAGGCCAUACCACCCAUUCUAUGUGCAGCCACUUGCAUGGCUCCUGAACGACGCUAACUCUGCUGCACUUGAAUCUGGAGAGCUGGAGCGCCUUGAGGCUCGAGUGGUUCAGGUGUCGGAGAAGCUGGGCUUCAAGUCUGCCCAGGACUCCGAGUCGCAGGGGUUGACAGCCGAGGAGCUGCGGCAGGACGCAAAGGAUUGGUACAGCGGGCUAUCCGGCGGCCAGCGGAGCAAAGCCGAGCUGAUGCGCCAGAUCUUCUUAAAAAGCCGAUGCCCCGAGGUCGUCCUGAUCGAUGAAGCCUUAGCACCCUUGGAUCCGGUCUCGAAGCAGCUUGUGCAGAAGCAACUGAAGGAGUUUUGCUCGGAGUCGAUUCUGCUGGUUAUCUAUCACACAGGAGAUGGAGUUCAAUGUGUGAACAACAGCGAGCGAAUCACCAUCGAUCUUGAGAAUGCGCUUGGCGGUCCAGAUCGUCCAAUCAGGAAGCCGCCGAAGAUGGACCGACCGCUCGGCGCUCCAGCUGAAAGCAGCAGUGAAGGUGAAGACGCCUACGGAACCUACGAUGACGACCUGCAGUCCAAAUCUACUACAACUCUGCGUUCUGGAGCUCCGAUCCCGACAACUCCGGCGGGAAGACGUGCUGCAGCACGGUCAGGUGGCGCUGCAGCAGCUGCGCUUGCAGCAGCCGCAGCGCGUGAAGCAGACCGUGAAGAACGUGAGAGGCAGAAAUUCGAAAGAGAAAGAAGACGAAAAGAGAACGAGGAAAAAGCCGCGGCCGCCGCACGCAAGCCUGGUCGGAAUGCACCACGGGGGAUGGGCUUGGUCAUUCGAUCUGCUGGCGAUGCGCAGCAGCUGUCGGCUGAUGGGCAGCUGCCGAUUGGCGCGAACAGCGCAGCGAACCCUCCGCAACCUGUCCCGAAAGGUAAAGGGAAGCCCAAAGGCAAAGGCAAGGAGGGAAAGGAAAGCAACGAUUCUAGAGAAGGAAAGGGCAAGUCUGAAGGAAAGGAUGGCAAAAGCAAAGGCAAGGACAUCAAGGGAAAGGAUGGCAAGGGCAAAUCUGAGGGCAAGGGAAAGGGCAAGUCUGGCAAGGACUUGUCUGACUCCUGA